AUGGCUCAGCAACCUCUGCCCACGUCGGCCCAGCCAACCGACGUCUACGGUGGCGAUGAGGUUUCCGCCCUCGUCCUCGACCCCGGCUACUGCAACACACGCGCGGGCUUCGCCGGCGAAGACAUCCCCAAGUCCAUCCUCCCUUCCUUCUACGGCCACAUCACCGGCGACCCGCCGCGAGACGUCUUUGGCGACGAGUGCCUCAUCCCCCGCGCCGACUUCGAGGUGCGCAACUACAUGAACCGCGACAGCGUCGUCGAGGACUGGGACGUCGCCGCCAACAUCUGGGAACACAUGCUCGUUAAGCGCCUGCAGCCCGAGCGCCCGACCCCGCCGUCCAAGAACGGCCUCAACGACGACGACGACUCUGCAGCCGCCGCCAAGGAGCAGGAUGGCGAGGGAGACGUGGCCAUGGAGGAGGCCGAGGCAGCGGAGAAGCCGCUGCAGGAAAAUCCGCUGCUCAUGACCGAGGCGCCCUGGAACACGCCCAAGGCCAGGGAAAAGGCAAUCGAGAUCAUCAUGGAGAACUGGGGGUGUCCCGCCUUCUGGCUGAGCCGCACCCCCGUCCUGUCGGCCUUUGCCGCCGGAAAGGCCACGGCUCUCGUCAUCGACGCUGGCGGCUCAAACACGUCGGUCACGGCCAUCCACGACGGCAUGGUCCUCAAGCGGUCCAUCCAGCGCUCUCCCGUCGGCGGCCUUUGGUUGUCGUCCCAGAUCCGCAGCCUAUGGGAGACGUCGGAGCCCAAGGUCAACCUGAUCCCGACCUUCAUGGUCGAAAACAAGACGCCUGUCGACGCGGGCACGCCCGCCCAGGCGCGGCUGCGCAAAUGGCCCUUCCAAGUCAGCGACUCUUUCCGCGCGUACGAGGACGAGCGCGUCUUGACAGAGUUCAAGGAGUCGGUGGUGGAGGUUUGGCGGGGCCCGGGCAGAUACACGGUGCCGGGCAACGAGGACUACAUCAAGACGCAGCCCGGCCGCGUCUUCGAGAUGCCCGACGGCUACAACCAGAUGUGGCGCGAGCAGCGCUUCAAGGUGACCGAGGGCAUGUGGGACGAGAGCGCCGGGUAUCCCAUCCCGGAGCCGGAGCGCCUGACCAAGGCCCAGACGAUCCCGGAGCUCAUCCGCAACGCCCUCGGCGCCGUGGACGUGGACCUGCGCGGCAACCUGCUGGCCAACGUGGUGGUGACGGGCAGCACCAGCCUCAUCAACGGCUUCAAUGAUCGUCUCAACAACGAGCUGACGGCCAUGUACCCCGGCCUCAAGGUCAAGAUCCACGCCGCCGGCUUGACGAGCGAGCGGCGGUUCGGCGCCUGGAUCGGCGGCAGCAUCCUGGCGAGCCUCGGCACCUUUCACCAGAUGUGGAUAUCGAGGAAGGAGUACGAGGAGAACGGGCCUGGCGUGGUCGAGAAGCGGUGCAAGUGA